CUCUGUCUCUACAGGUUCAUGAACCACCCAGCCCCCGCCAAUGGCCGCUACAAACCAACUUGUUAUGAACAUGCUGCUAACUGUUACACACAUGCAUUCCUCAUUGUCCCGGCCAUCGUGGGCAGUGCCCUCCUCCACUGGCUGUCUGACGACUGCUGGGAAAAGAUAACAGCAUGGAUUUAUGGGGUGGGCCUCUGCGCCCUCUUCAUCGUUUCCACAGUAUUUCACAUCGUAUCAUGGAAAAAGAGCCACUUAAGGACAGUGGAGCACUGUUUCCACAUGUGUGACAGAAUGGUGAUCUAUCUCUUCAUUGCCGCUUCCUAUACUCCAUGGUAA